AUGAUAGGUACUUUGAUUGCCCCCAUAUGCUUCGCAGCAUUGGCGAUAAUUAUUUUCAAGCCUGUGGCUUUGUAUUUCUUGGACCGUAAAAACCUAAGGAAGUUUCCAACCCUUCACCCUCUGUCCGGUCUUUCAGAUAUCCCGUUUAUGGUGGAAUCGAUGAAAGGGUUCCGAUCCGCAAGGCUGGCUGAAUUACACCAUGGGAAGGGAUGGCCGGUAAUUCGAAUAGGUCCAAACUCCCUCUCUUUCGGAACUGUUGACUCCAUUAAAGCUAUAUACGGGCAUAAUUCCCCCACGACGAAAGACAAGCAAUACGUCAACGCUUCGGGGACGCACUUCCAUUUGGCAGAUGUAGUCGAUAAAAAGGAACAUGCUAGGAAACGGAAGGUUUUGGCGUCCGCAUUCGCGGCGAAAAAUCUGGAGGACUGGGAAUACAAGGUUGGGGAGAAGGUAUCUAGACUGAUUGAUCAGUUCGACAAGUACGUUGAAGAGAGCGCGGAGGGACCGCUGAAUUACCGUUCUUGGACCAACUUAUAUACGAUUGAUUGCUUGGUUGACAUUUGCUUGAGUACUCAGCUUCAUUGCAUCGAAAGGGGUGAGGAUACAGUAACAGCUGAAGACUUGGCUGGUAUCACUGAAGAUGUUUCUUUCAGGGAUUGUUUAUAUGCAACUUUCCAUUUGGUUGGCGACUUGGUUUGGUCCUAUGACUGGUUCUCAACGAUCAUCACAGUCGCAAACACGAUCAGUCCGGUCUAUUCGCGUCUUAUUAAACUGGGAACUGGGUGGAGGAAUCUCGUCCACCACUUGACUAACAAGCGAUGGAGCCGUUACGCUGCCGGAGAAAGGAUCAAUGACAUUUUUUCAUCCUUGAUGGACGAUACAGCAGGUAACGCACAUAACCUCGAAUGGGGAGAGGUGGUUGCAGAAAUCUCUCUAGCCGUGAGCGGUUCCUCGUCGACUUCGAACACCAUUGCAAGCACCAUGCAGCUGCUGAUUGAAAAUCCACAGAAGCUGGAAAAGCUUCAAGAAGAGCUUGAUUCUGUCAUGGAGCCCGAAGAAAUUAUUGCUUCCUAUGACAAAGUCAAGUACUUGCCAUAUCUUCGCGCAGUUAUCGACGAGACUCUGCGCUUAUACCCCCCCAUUUCUCACGGGCUUCCCCGUGAGACACCUAAAAAUGGGUUACAAAUCCUUGAUAACUGGAUUGCUGGCAAUACGACAGUAUCCGUAUCAGCUUAUGUGGCCCACAGGGAUCCUAAUGCUUUCCCGGAACCGGAAAAGUUCAUGCCAGAACGGUGGCUCGGUGACGAGGGUAAACAGCUUCAACCUAAUUUCAUUGCAUUUUCUGCAGGCGCUCGUGGAUGCAUUGUGUUAUUGGCCAGUCUGGCGCAUCGGUACGACUUCUUCAAGUUCAGUUCAGAUUGGAAGCCUCGAAGGCGUGAAACCAUGAACCUCAUAUUGGGGUCACUGCCCAUCAGAAUUCAGAAGCGAAGUCUUUAA